AUGGGGAAAGUCAAGAAGAGACAAGAAUUGCUUCAUUGCAAUCAGUCUCAAAAUAUAUUGCGAGACUUAAUGCUGCGAGAUUUUGGAUUUUUAUAUUACAAUUGUUAUAAAACCAAUACACGUGAACUAGAAUCAAUAGCUGAAACAAACUUAAUAGUGAAAAAACAUGAAGAAUUGGAAUAUGAUCUGCCAGGAAUUCCUAAAGCAACAUUUUUAAUGGUGUUUAGUCCUGAUGGUACCAAAAUGGCAUCAGCACAUGGGAACCACAGUGUCUAUAUUACUGAAGUUGCAACUGGAAAAAACAUUAAAAUUCUUUCUGGUCACCCACGUACUCCAUGGUGUAUUGCAUUUCAUCCCUCCUCUAGUCAGAUAUUAGCUUCUGGUUGUCUUGGUGGUCAAGUUCGUGUCUGGGAUUUAACUGAUAGUAGUAAGGUUUGGAAUGCUGAAAGUCAGACAGUUAUAGCUUCUCUUGCCUUUCACCCAUCUGAAAAGUUACUCGUUAUAGCAACAAACAAUGAAAUACACUUUUGGGAUUGGAGUCAAUCUGAACCUUUUGCAGUAAUAACUACUAAGAGUGAUAAAGUAAAAGUAAGAUAUGUAGCUUUUGACAAUUUAGGAAGAAAAUUAAUCACAGGUAUUGCAAACACUCCUGUAAACCAAUCAAUAUUAAGAGUUCGUUCCGGGAAUGGUGGUAUGCCAUAUGGUAGUCAAAUACUGAAUAACUACUCUGAAAGAACUGCUCAGAAUGAAGCAAUUCAAUCGCUUAGAACUAUUGCAACUGAACCUUCGCAUAGUGCACAAUCAAAUCUACUUGAUACUGCAACAGUAGAUAAUCACGAAAGUUUUAUACCACAAUAUACUGGUAAUUCCAGACCGCGAAUAGGAAGAGGAAGCGGAGAACUAGAACUUCCAAAUGAUGGUGAUGGUGUACUUUUUUUAGAACAUAUAUCAGCACUAGAGUCAAACUUCUCUGGAAUAUCUAGUUACCGUGUACAGGCAUGGGAUUUUUCUAAAGGGGAAAUACCUGAUAUUACAAAUUGUGAGAAAAACAUUGUUAUACGCAAAUGCAAUAUUCAUAAUGAUGCUAGUAUAGAUAUUUCAUCAGAUGGAAAACUAUUAGCAACUUGUUUUUUAGGAAUUUAUAGUUUACAAUGGGAAACGUUAGGGGAAAGAAUUUAUUGGACGGAAGCGAAACAUAGUGUCAUUUCUGUGUCAAUUUCACCAACACAGGAACACCUUUUAGUAGGUUUGGCAAGAAAUAUUUUUCAAGAAAAGUAUACUAUGGCUAGUAUUUACAGACUAAUGCAUAAAAAAUCCCAAAAUCAAGAUGACGAUAGACCAUGUAUUCAAGACUGGAAUAUUCACAAUAUAGAAAAUUAUUUAAAUUUUAAAAAUAUAAAAAAGAGUAUGUUGCUUGUUAGAGAAUUAUUCCCAAAUAAUCAAUCAACUACAGGACACAUAAGUAUAAAUUGCAUUAGGUGGGCGCCACAACCUGGGCAAGGACUAGUUUAUGCCACUAACACUGGACAGUUAAAUAUUCUUCAUUAAUGUAUUUAUAAUAUUGACAUAAAAAUAAAACUUCA